AUGCCCAACAACAGCCUGGCCCUGACCAGCCUGGAUGGGAUCUACAUCGGCACCGAGUGCUUGGUGGCUUUGUUGGCCACUUUGGGCAACAUCCUGGUGAUCUGGGUGGUGAAGCUGAACUCCACGUUCCAGAGCACGACGCUGUACUUCAUCGUGUCGCUGGCGCUGGCUGAUAUCGCCGUGGGCAUCCUCGUCAUGCCCUUGGCCAUCGUGGUGAGCUUGGGUGUCAGGGUGCACUUCUACUCCUGCCUCUUCAUGUGCUGCCUCAUGGUGAUUUUCACCACGGCCUCCAUCCUCUCCCUCCUGGCCAUUGCCAUCGACAGGUACCUGCGAGUGAAGCUGCCAACCAGAUAUAAAAUCAUCACUACAGAGAGAAGAGUUUGGUGGGCACUGGGGCUGUGCUGGUCUCUGUCCCUGCUGGUAGGGCUUGUCCCCAUGUUUGGCUGGAACAAUUCAGCACCAAGAAACUCUGACUUCCUCCAGUGUCGAUUCAUCUCGGUGAUGAGGAUGGAUUACAUGGUGUAUUUUGGCUUCUUCACAUGGACCCUCAUCCCUCUGCUCAUCAUGUGUGCUCUGUAUGCUGAAAUCUUUCACAUCAUCAGGACCAAGCUGAGCCAAGGCAGUGUGAGAGGGGCUGGAGUUUUUUAUGGACAGGAGUUCAAAACAGCCAAGUCUCUUGCACUUGUUCUCUUCCUGUUUGCAAUAUCCUGGUUACCUCUAUGCAUUAUAAACUGUGUUUCCUAUUUCUACCCUGAGGCUCAGAUCCCUCCCUUUCUGAUGUACAUGGGCAUCCUGUUAUCCCAUGCCAAUUCUGCCAUGAAUCCCAUUGUCUAUGCUUGCAAGAUAAAGAAGUUCAAAAACACCUACCUUUUAAUUUUAAGGACCUAUAUCCUGUGCAGAAAACCAGACCCAGCUCUUACAGAGCAAACAACAGACCAACAGUCCUGA